CUCUCUCUCUCUCUCUCGCUCCAAACAUUUCUGUUUGUGCCUCCUGAGGACUGUUUUAAAGACUUUGACUCCUUCACACAGACGUACUAUUUUUUGUUUUUUUGUUUUUUUAUUUUUGAAUAAUCUCUUCCAUGGAGGUCGGAGUCUAACUGCAGUAUCAGAGUGACACACAGCGCGAGACGCUUCUGCCGUGAAGGACCAUGCCGACCAUGCGCAGUGUCAUCGUCCUCCAGAUUCUGAGCGUGCUGAUCGGUCUGAGCUGCUCCCUGAAUCCAAGAGACCCAAACGUGUGCAUCCUCUGGGAGAGCUUCACCACUUCAGUCAAAGAGUCCUAUCAGCAUCCUUACGACCAGGUGACAGAUGAGCCCUGCGCUGACCCUCGGACCUCCUACAGAUGUCUGCACCACAGGAUCACGUACAAGACGGCCUACAGGCAGGCGGUAAAGACGGACUAUCGCAAGAGGUACCAGUGCUGUCCAGGGUUCUACGAGAGCAGAGACAAAUGUGUCCCUCGCUGCACCAAAGAGUGCGUCCACGGCCGGUGUGUCGCUCCAGACCGCUGCCAGUGUGAGGGAGGCUGGCGAGGAGACGACUGCUCCAGCGGUAUGACGUUUCCUCUCCCACACUCACGCCACUCUGUCUGCUCCUCACUCUCUCUCACACAAACACAGCUCACAUUCACUAAAAAGAAGCAAGAGGAAGAGCAAGACGAGGAGGUGGAGGAGGAGGAGGAGGAGGAGAGAAACAAACAGCGACACGAAAUGAAACAGUUCUCUUCUUCCUCUCGUGACUGCACAUGA